AUGUCUCUUGCUCAGCACGUCACCCAGGCCGAAGGCUUUGACUACGAACGUCCCACAGAACAAGUCGACUCAAAUGGUCAAAGCGAGUCCAUCUUCGGCACACUAAACCCGUUCAACACAGAGAGCAAUAAUGAUGAGCCACAAUGGAGACGCUUGAGCUUUGCGCCUAUUGAGACCGUACACGCCGAGAAGCCAAUCGCAGCUUACAAGGUCUCCAAUACCAUAAGAUGGGCUGCGGGCAUCGUCUUUGGGUUCGCUGCCCUCAAGCCUGUUCUCAUCGCCGAGGGCGUCUACAGCGAUCUCUGCGAUGCCAACGAUCCAGGCACGGUGGACAACGGCGACUACAUUCCAUGCACCGAGCAAGACCUCAGGUUGAACUUGUUCUUCAUCGCCGCGUCUGUUACAGCAAAUGUAUCUUCGCUAUUGGCCGGCUCUGUCCUUGAUCGCUAUGGCAGGCGGGUCUGCUGGAUCGCCUCCUGCCUAUGCCUCACCCUGGGCUGCAUCCUCAUGGCCGUCUCACGCAACUUCACCUACUUCGACGGUUACUUCCUAGGAAACAUCAUGCUUGCCCUCGGUGGCACCUUUGUCUUUGUCUCCAGCUUCCAGCUCGCCAACGCAUUUCCCAAGUACAGUGGGCACAUCAUCGCACUGGUCACUGGAGCCUUUGACGCGUCGGCAGCUGUCUUCCUAAUAUACCGCGCAGCAUACGAAUCGACAGAAGGCAGGCUCUCACUUGAAAAGUUUUUUUACGCCUACAUUGCCGUUCCUGUUUUAAUCCUUCUGGCCGAAUUCGCCUACAUGCCCGUUCGGUCCUAUCAUUCAAUUCCUCAGCUGGAACAGAAGAUUGAGAAAGUCCAAGACGAGACGCACGAUGUGCAUGAGUCCGAUGACGAAAUUGAUGACAUUAGGCAACUGCGCAAAGUACGCAGUGCCCGGGCUGAUCGACGGUUGUCCAAACUUGACCAAAUUGAAGAAGUCGCUGGUGACGCUGAGCAGCGUGAAGAGCGUGUCAAGAUCAACGAGGAGCGUCAGGAAACCAGCGGAGUCUGGGGAGUUCUCCAUGGUGUUGCAGCCCAUCAACAAAUCCAGAGUCCAUGGUUCAUCCUCAUCCUGCUUUUGACUAUUGUUCAGAUGUUGAGGAUGAACUACUUCAUCGCAACUAUUCAUGCGCAAUACCGAUAUAUGCUAGGUUCCGAGGUCGACGCCAACGACAUCAACCGUUUCUUCGAUAUUGCCCUGCCUGUCGGUGGAUUGAUUUCUACCCCAUUCAUUGGGGUUCUCCUCAAUAACCUCAGCGUACCGGCAACCUUUGGCGCGCUGACUGCCCUGAUCGUUGCUAUUGGCCUCCUCAAUUGCCUACCCUUCGUAUGGGCGGGAUAUGCUACGGUUGUCUUGUUCGUCAUCUUUCGCCCCUUAUACUACUCGGCCAUCUCGGACUACGCAACAAAAGUCUUUGGUUUCGCCACCUUCGGACGUAUCUACGGCACGAUUGUGUGCGUCUCAGGUCUGGUAAACUUCGCCCAAUCUGGCCUGGAUGCUCUUACUCACGGCCCCUUGCACGGUGACCCUACACCUGUAAACAUUACUCUCGGCGCAUCAGGCACCAUAAUUGGGGCUCUCUUAACGGCAUUCGUCGCCAUCAAAGGUCGUACUUUCGUCACAGAAGAGAAGCCUGAGUUGGAUGCCUUGGAGGAGAGACGGAGACUACUGUCAUCGGCAGGACAAGACUAUGGUAGUCGAGAAUGA